AUGUCUGUACAGAGCACGAAUUCCGAUACACAACACUCUAAAACCACCCUCUCAGAUGAACAAAGGAAGUUCCUCGACAGUGCUCUUCGUGUUAAUCAAGCUGGCGAACUUGCAGCCACCCUGAUAUACACAGCACAGACACCUCCAUUGGUCAAAGCACAUCCUCAGCUGCGGCCACUCAUGAAACACAUGUAUGACCAAGAAGCUGGACAUUUCAAGACAUUCAAUGAACUGUUGGCCAAGCACCGUAUCAGACCCACUGCUAUGUAUCCUGUCUGGCAAGCAGCUGCAUCCAUUCUUGGUUGGACAACAGGUAUGAUGGGAAGAGAGGCUGCAAUGGCAUGUACCGAAGCCGUGGAGACAGAGAUUGGAAACCAUUACAAUGGCCAAGUGCGGGAGCUUUUCCGGUGGAUGCAGGAGCUAAAAGAGAAGGGCGAGGAGCUAGAUCCUGAGUUAAAGGUGCUGAUUGAUGACAUCAAACGCAUCCGAGAUGAGGAGUUGGAACAUCUGGAUCAUGCCCUCGAGAAUGAUGCAAAAGAGGCGAAGCCAUAUGAGCCUAUCACCGAUAUCAUCCGUUAUGGUUGCCGAAGCGCAAUCUGGAUAAGUGAACGGGUAUGA